AUGGAUGCUGAAGCUGGUAUCAUCUGCACACCGAGAGGGAGGGAGAGGAAGAAGGACGUCAGAAAAAGCUCUGCUUCUAACAACAUCACUGUUCAAAGUGUGCUGUGCAGAGAUGCCUGUGACGUCCUGAUAUCUCAGGACCUGAUGGAUAGCACACACCCUUCCACAGUGCUAAGCAAGCUUAAUGAGCAGCGCUCACAAGGUCUUUUCUGUGAUGUCACCAUUGUAGUGGAGGAUGUGAAGUUUCGGGCCCACAAGAACGUCCUCGCAGCAUGCAGUGGAUACUUCAAGAAUGCUUUGACAAGUUCAGACACAUGCAGCUCAGGUCAAGUGCUUGAGCUUACAGACCUAAAGUCUGAAGUGUUUGCCAACAUCCUCAACUUUAUAUACUGCUCAAAGGUGACAUCACUUAGUGGACAGGACACCGGAGGGCUUAUAGCAGCUGGGAAAAGACUUGGAAUUCCCUUUUUGGAGAAGUUCACAGAAGAAGAAAAGCUAGAUGAGUGUGUCGUGUCUGAAGACUUUUGCACAGCCCUUGGGUCAACAAAAACCAAGAAGGAAGCAUCUAGACCUGAAGAGACAGACAGUACCAGAGGGCCUCGUAUUACUAAUGCCUUCUCUAUUAAUGAAGUGUGUCUUGGCAACAAUGCCUUCACUCCUCUGGUUCAAAACAAUAAAGAGCAGCAGUCUCCAGACGUGGGACAGCUACCGACAUCCAGCAUCAAUGGGAACAAUGAGAAUAUGCAUACCCUCUCUGAACACUCAUACGCUGUAAACAAAUCCUCUGAAGGAAAAGACAGCAGUCAGUGGGACAAGAAGAUCUGCAAGCCUGUAUUACAGUCAAAGCAACUCCUUUACAGGAACACAGGCCCACUUAAAAAAAGACACAGAUUGAGAAGCAUUUUAGGGAGAAAUAUACUUCCAAGGCCAGCAGAGCUACAAACUGAUAAACGAAGCACAGGAGCCCAUGAAAUAUCUAAUGGUGGACUUCUAACUACCAUGGCCCCACCCCCACUUUUUUCAGAGGCAGAAACAGAGAAAGUAACAGACACAGGGCUACCUGCAACCACUGAUAAUAGAGAAAUGGAGUUAGGUCCACCACCCCUGCCCCCUCACACAGAGAGCAUAUCAAUUUAUAGCUGUGACCAGUGUCCAGAGUUAUUUUCCAGUAAAGCUCUUCUUACCAUUCAUUCAGAGGUCCAUAAAAAACGUUUUGUUAGUCAUUUGUUUUGCAAGUUUUGUCGCAGAAAAUUUAUACACCUUAAACGGCUUCACAACCAUGAGCAGGUUUGCCCAAAAGUCUCACAAGGCUCACCCAAGCUGCAUCCCAGGGAUUUAUCAGCCAAAGACAUGGACCAACAGUCAGAUGACAGGCCAGAAAUGGAUGGCACUUUGACUCAGCUUCCUUCUCCAGACCUCUCUAACCCUUCUGCAGAUCUCCCUAGUCCAUCUGCAGACCUACCUAACCCUUCCGAAGACCCAUCUAACCCUCAUAUGCCAGAUACUAUUAAACUUGACCAACCAGGGCAUCUGCAGAAGGAAAAGACAGUGAGGCCAAGUGUUGGACAGAGGAGAUACAACUGCAGGGUGUGUAAACGGGUUUACGUCACCCUAUCUAGCUUGAAGCGACAUGAGAAUGUGCAUUCUUGGCAGAGGGCCUACCCCUGUCAUUACUGUAAUAAAGUAUUUGCUUUGGCUGAGUAUCGUACAAAGCAUGAAAUUUGGCACACAGGUGAACGUCGUUAUCAGUGCAUUUUCUGCCUGGAGACAUUCAUGACAUAUUAUAUCUUGAAAAACCAUCAGAAGUCCUUUCAUGGCAUUGAUCCUAAUCUGUCUGUUAGAAAAAAAUCUGCCAGCGGUGGGCUGAAAGCCAGUGUUUAUCCGAUCAAGCUCUACAGGCUUCUGCCCAUGAAGUUUAGAAAAAGACAAUACAAGACGUACAGCCAGACAUUCGGCGAAAGAGGGGAUCCAUCCUCACUGGAAAACGAUUCUCUUAUUCCUCCAUUUGAAGAAAAUGGUCUCAUCAGCAGCCCUGACACUACUACUUUCCCUCUAACAUUCAUGGCAACGACAAAGAUCAUGUCCUCUGUCGUGCCUCGCAUCUACUUUGACAAACCAUGCGACCAAGAUACGGUCCAAACUCCGAACAGUGAUUUGGAAAUGAGGGGAAGCACAAGACGAGUGGGUGAAGACAAGGAUCCACUUUUUCACAGCCAUGACAGUGUCUUUGUUGUGCAGCCAAAUUCUGAGUCAUCUAUAGGUUACAAUGAUGAUCCACCGAUGCUAAUCAACACAGACCACAUUAGUAAUAAUGUACCAUUCCUAAAUUCUCUGAGCACUGUUAAAAAGUUAGGUGAGCUGUCAGCUUCUGCAAAAAGAGUUGAAGAGAUGACCAAGGAGAUACUUCAAUCAAGCAGAGAGAGACUGAGGUGUAAUAAAGUGAUAGGGACAAAAACAGAGACAUAUAUUGCCAAACCUGCAUGUCAGGGUCCUUCUUUGGAAAAUGACUCCAUGCCACUGUGUCAGAUAACAGUGAAAAUCGGAAAUGAGGCCAUUAUUCGUCGCAAAGUCAAAGGAUCUAAACUCUUUCGCAGGAAGACAAGGAAAACAAGGAUUAAUGAGCAGAGUCCAAACCAUUGCACUCCAUCAAGGGAACACUCAGAGAGUCCCAGACGUCGCUUUAGACAAGACGUUUCUGCCUCCAAAGAGCCAGAGAUAUAUGAGGACACCAAUGACUGUGACACAGCUGAUCAGCUUUGGCGUCCCUACUAUUCUUACAAAGUCAAAAAGAAAAGAAAGAAACACAGAUACAAGCACAGAGAAGAUUUGCUUUAUCAGUUUCCUGAAUCUGUAGAAAGAAUUGCUGCCGGUUCAGCCCAUCUUGAUAGGACAAAUUUUCUAGCAGAGGAGAGCAACUCAGGAAGUAAUGCAGGGGUGAAACAUGGUCUCAGUAGGGACUUCAACCCCAGGGCCAACUAUAACUGUGACAUCUGUGACAGCUCUUUCAUCACUGAGACCGGACUGAGAGCUCAUGUGAUUGGUUCCCACCCAUACUUCUGCCGAACUUGUGGCAAGCAAGGUCCUCCUGGUGAGGCACCUUCUAGUGGCGACUACAUUUGCAAAAGCUGCAUGGAGAAUGGCUCCUGCUUUGACAACACGCCCCGAAGCCCCAACCCAGAGAAAAAAUACCGCUGCUCCUUCUGUCCCCAGAGGUUUUUGUAUCUCGCCACCAAGAGAAGUCAUGAGAAAAGGCACCAAGCAGAAAAAGAGGAAAGUUGCAAAUAUGAUGCCAUCACAUCAAGUUCUAAGUACUCAGCACACACAAAGAAAGACAAUGAACAAGGUGCCACCAAAGUAGAGGACAGGGACAAUGAAGAGGACAUUUACAUUAAACACGAAACCACAGAAGACGAAAAAUUUCCAUCUGAUAAUAUACUUAAAACCAAGGAGGCAACUGACCAAACAUCUUUGACCAUCUAUCCAGACGUGUCACUUUCUAGAAUUAAAGGUCCAUUAUCACCGAGAUUGGAUUCACCGCCUGAUUUGACAUUCUCCUCAAAGAUCAAGCAUAAAGCAAUGAAAAGGAAGACAAACACACAUCAUUCUGUGUUUUUAAAACAGCAGGACAGUGACAGAGACAAUGACAGCAACAAGACAAUGUCAAUGGGACCUAGAAAACACAGUUGUGGAAAUUCUAGCAAAACAUUUGGGAGGAAUGAUUCUGAACCUAAAAGUACGCAAUUUUCAAUGCACAAAGUAAACAAACUGGUAUUCAAAGAUGAGCCCUUUUACUAAGAUAUUUAGAACUAAAACCAACAAACAAGAAAGUAAACACAUUUGAAGUCAGGUUGAUGAUAUUGUUGUGAAAGUUUUGCAAAAUAGUCUUUUGGAGAUAAAUACAAUGAAGUGUUUUAAAAGGCAAUACUAAGAAUGAGAAUGUAGCAUCAGUCUUCUGAGAUCUUACCUUUUCUAAACCCCCGUUUAGGACCCAGUGAUUUUUGCUAUUUAUGUUCCUUUAUAGAGGAUAUUUGGUAAUAUAAGGUCAUCUGACACAAACUGUAUUUUGUUCUUUAAUCUAUGCAUGUAGAGCAGUGCAAUAACAAAUCAGCAUUCUCAACACAGAUAACUGAUCGAUCGUGGUCACAUCUAGACUUUAUUUUAAGUAAGUCUGGAUAAAACUAGAGCUGUUUUCUGCUGUCACAUUGUUGUAUCUCCUGUUCAAUUAACCUAACUUUGUGAGUUGCACUUUAUAGUAUACUGAUUUGUUCUUUAAUACUUUGAUAGAUACAUUUUUAUUCUAAACACCACUGAUGUAAUUUGACUUUUUACCGAAUGCAUAGAACCAUUAUAACAUGAAUUUUACCUUUUUUUGUUUAUUAUGUAUAAAAUUGUAAAUCUAUUUAAAUUAAAAUUGUAUUAAGAACAGUUAAA